AUGGGCCUCAAACUAUCAGACCGUCUUUCCGGACGAUGGCUUCUGACCUUCGUCACCAUCGCUAAUGCAUGCUCAAUGGCCUGGUUCGGCUAUGACCAAGGCGUCUUCUCCGGCGUCCUGAUCUCCGCCGACUUCAAAGCCCACUUUCCCGAAACACUGAACGCAAACACCUCAGGUAUCACGUCUAGCUGUUUCUCUCUAGGUGCAUUCUUCGGCGCAAUCUGUGCUUUUACCUUUGGUGAUCGUCUAGGUCGCAAGAAGACUGUGGCCAUGGGACUAACUUUCAAUGUCGUCGGCGCCAUUUUGCAGGUUGUCUCAUGGCAUUUACCGCAGAUGAUUGUGGGGCGAAUCAUUAAUGGGUUUGGCAUGGGGUUGACGUCCUCAACAUGUCCUGUAUAUCAGGCCGAGUGCUCUAGUUCACGGUCUCGCGGGAAACUUGUUGUUGUCGGGUCGUUGGCGAACACAGCCGCAUUCUGUCUGGCUAGCUGGAUGAACUACGGCCUCUAUUUCCAGGGUAGCGCAUUGCAAUGGCGUUUCCCGCUCGCAUUCCAGUUAAUUUUCCCCGUUAUUGUCGCGUUUGCACUCCUCUUCAUCCCCGAGUCCCCGCGAUGGCUUCUCCUGAAAGAUCGACCCGACGAAGCGCUACAAGUCAUUGCGCGCCUUACAGGACCCGGUGUUCCAAUCGACAAUCAGGACGUCAUGGCCCAAUUCUUGUCAAUUCAGUCCUCGCUCCAGGAAGAACGCAAAGACCGCCGUCCCAUAAUGGACAUUCUCCGCUCUCGCGACAAGACUCAGACACUGCGUCGAUUGAUACUGUCGUGCGGCACCCAAUUCAUGCAGCAGUUCAGCGGCGUCAAUGCGCUUGGAUACUAUCUACCCACGCUCUUACAGCAGAGCGUUGGUCUCGGGGAGGAGAUGAGUCGGCUUUUGACGGCUGUGAAUGGGACGAUAUACAUGUUCGCGGCGUUUUGUUGUUUGUUGAUUAUUGAUCGGUUUGGAAGGAGGAAGAUGAUGUUGUACGGUUCCCUAACUAUGGGAUCAUGCUACCUGAUCGCAUCAAUCAGUUUGAAAUAUGCAGAGAGCGACCCAUCACGCAAGCAAAUCCUCGGCCGCGUUACAACAGCCAUGUUCUUCCUCUACUACUUCUUCUACGGCACCAGUUUCGCAAAAGUGCCUUGGGUCUACAACUCCGAGAUCAACUCUCUCGCCUGGCGCACGCGCGGCGCAGCCGCCGCAACAGCUACAAAUUGGAUGGGCGGAUUCAUCGUAACGCAGUUCACAAAGGUUGGGGUUAAUAAUUUGCAUUGGCGGUUUUAUCUCAUGUUUGCGAUUAUUGUAUGGGUCUAUUUCCCCGUCGUCUUCUGCUUUUAUCCCGAGACAUCGCAGCGCACGCUCGAGGAUAUGGACGAGAUCUUCAUUCAGAAUCCGUCGUUGAUUGUGUGCGGAAAGAGUGCUUUGACGCAACGCAAGCGACCUGUCGAGUUUAUUGAGGCUGAAGAGCGACGGAUUGCGGAGGAGCAGAAUGCUAUGGAAGGAAAGGCGGGAGCUAUCACGCAUGUUGAGCAAGUAUGA